CGGACGCCGACAUCAUCAUCAGAUCGAGGAGCAGCAGCCGGCGGAGCUGGAUGACGGCGAGCUUCAGGGAGCCGUCGGACGUGUUCCGGCGCGAUGUGCAGGAGGGGGACGAUGAGGAGAACCUCAAGUGGGCGGCGCUGGAGAAGCUGCCGACGUACGACCGCAUGCGCAAGGGCAUCCUCCGCCGCAUCAUGGAGGAGGACGGCGGCAAGGUCAGCAGCAGCGAGGUCGAGCUCCACAAGCUCGGCGUCCAGGAACGCAAGAUCCUCCUCGACCACAUCUUCGAGAUCGUCGAGCAGGACAACGAGCGCUUCCUCCUCCGCCUCCGAGAUCGCAUCGACCGGGUUGGACUGGAACUCCCGAAGAUCGAAGUACGGUACGAGAACCUGUCGAUUGAGGCGGAUGUGUAUGUGGGGAGUCGGGCACUCCCCACACUGUGGAAUACCUACGUUAAUGUCGUUGAGGGUUUUAUCGGACGGUUUUCUCCUUCGAAGAAGAAAACAAUCAAGAUACUUGAUGACGUCAGCGGAAUACUGAAGCCGUCGAGGACGACGCUGCUUCUCGGACCCCCGGCCGCAGGGAAAACGACGCUUAUGCUGGCCCUGGCAGGGAAGGCCGACAAAAAUCUAAGAGUUUCUGGUAGAGUCACAUACUGCGGCCAUGAGCUGACGGAGUUCUACCCGGAGAGGACGAGCGCGUACAUUAGCCAGUACGAUCUCCACAACGGCGAGAUGACAGUUCGAGAGACCAUAGACUUCUCAGCGCGGUGUCUCGGAGUGGGGACGAGAUAUGAGAUGCUGUCCGAAUUGUCGAGACGGGAGAAGGGUGCCGGCAUCAAACCGGACCCCGAGAUCGAUGCUUUCAUGAAGGUAACUGCAAUGCAAGGACAGAGAACUAGUGUCGCAACGGAUUACAUUCUCAAGGUCCUCGGUUUGGACAUCUGCGCGGACAUCAUUGUCGGUGAUGAGAUGAGAAGAGGAAUUUCGGGCGGACAAAAGAAACGUGUCACAACCGGAGAGAUGCUCGCGGGACCUGCAAGAGCAUUAUUUAUGGAUGAAAUAUCAACCGGACUCGACAGCUCUACAACCUUUCAGAUUGUCAAGUUCAUUAAGCAGAUGGUUCGCGUCAUGGACGGCACGGUGCUGGUCUCUCUUCUCCAGCCUGCACCGGAGACCUACAAUCUCUUCGAUGAUAUUAUUCUGCUGUCGGAGGGACAAGUAGUUUACCACGGGCCUCGCGAACAUGUCCUCGAGUUCUUCGAGUCUGCCGGCUUCAAGUGCCCGGAGAGGAAGGGAGUUGCAGACUUCCUUCAGGAGGUAACUUCGAAGAAGGAUCAGGAGCAGUACUGGGUGAACAGAAGCCAGCCUUACCGACACAUCUCAGUGCGGGAAUUCGCUCAGUAUUUCAAAUCGUUCCACGUCGGACUCCAGCUAGCAGGCGAGCUUGAAAUUCCGUAUGAUAAAUCCAAAACCCAUCCUGCGGCGUUGGUGACGGAGAAAUACGGCAUCCCUACGAAGGAGCUCCUCAAGGCUGUUUUAGCCAGAGGGUGGUUGCUGAUGAAGCGCAACUCGUUUGUCUACAUAUUCAAGACCGUCCAGAUAACCAUCCUGUCUCUCAUCGUGAUGACCGUGUUUUUCAGAACGGAAAUGCACCAUACGAGUAUUGCGGAUGGCAGCAAGUACUUCGGCGCGCUGUUUUUCAGCCUGAUCAUCAUCAUGUUCAACGGGUUUGCAGAGCUGUCGAUGACUGUUUCGAACCUCCCCGUAUUCUACAAGCAGAGAGACUCUCUGUUUUUCCCUCCGUGGGUUUACGGGAUACAAUAUUGGAUCCUUAGGAUUCCUCUCUCCCUUCUAGACACGACGAUAUGGAUGGUUCUUACUUACUAUGUGAUCGGCUUUGCUCCUUCUGCUUCCCGGUUCUUCCGCCUAUACCUGGCACUCUUCAUGGUCCAUCAAAUGGCUCUUUCUCUGUUUCGCUUCAUCGGCGCAAUUGGAAGAUCAAUGGUUGUAGCCAAUACAAUUGGAACUUUUUCGUUACUUCUUGUUUUCGUGCUCGGAGGAUUUGUCAUCUCUAAAGAUGACAUUAAACCCUGGUGGAUAUGGGGAUUCUGGAGUUCUCCUAUGAUGUACGGACAAAAUGCAAUAUCAAAUAACGAGUUCCUUGACAAAAGAUGGAGCGCUCCAAACAAUGACAGUACUAUCGAUGCUCCGACAAUAGGGACGGCAUUUCUCAGAUCCAGAGGCUUGUUUAUCAACGGAUACUGGUAUUGGCUUUCGGUGGGAGCGCUUUUGGCCUAUUCGAUUCUAUUCAACAUACUCUUUAUUCUGGCGAUAACCUACUUAGAUCCCAUUGCAAGUUCACAAAAUAUCAUAGCGGAGGACGACGCAGAGGAUAAGGAAAUGACGUCAAACGCAGAACAGAGGUCUGAAAUCGCCGAGAGUAGCAGAGCGUCCACCACGAAUGCUAUUUCAGGUGCUGAUGCCGCCGGUGGGAACGGCGCGGCUAAGAGAGGAAUGGUUUUGCCAUUCCAGCCGCUUUCGCUUGCUUUCAACCACGUGAACUACUACGUCGACAUGCCUCCUGAAAUGAAGAGCCAAGGAGCCGAGGAAAGCCGUCUCCAGCUACUCUGUGACGUCAGCAGUGCUUUUCGUCCCGGUGUCCUGACGGCGUUGGUUGGCGUCAGUGGAGCCGGAAAGAGUACCUUGAUGGACGUCCUCGCAGGGAGAAAGACCGGAGGGUAUAUCGAAGGAGAUAUCAGAAUUUCUGGUUACCCUAAGAUGCAAGAAACAUUCGCUCGUAUAAGCGGUUACUGUGAACAAAAUGACAUUCAUUCGCCGAACCUCACGGUUCACGAAUCUCUUAUUUACUCAGCCUGGUUGCGUCUUUCCCAAGACAUAGACAAGGAAACACGAGAGAUGUUUGUGGACGAGGUCAUGCAGCUGGUCGAGCUUGAUGUGUUGAAAGAUGCUCUAGUGGGCCUUCCAGGGGUCGAUGGUUUAUCGACCGAGCAACGAAAGAGGCUUACAAUUGCCGUCGAAUUGGUCGCAAAUCCUUCCAUUAUCUUCAUGGAUGAGCCAACAUCUGGCCUCGACGCAAGAGCUGCAGCCAUCGUUAUGCGAACGGUGAGGAACACGGUGAAUACCGGACGGACCGUCGUGUGCACAAUCCACCAGCCAAGCAUCGAUAUAUUUGAAUCUUUCGAUGAGCUUCUCUUGCUGAAGAGGGGAGGACAAGUCAUUUACGCCGGAGAGCUCGGUCGUCACUCGUACAGACUUAUAGAAUAUUUCCAAGCAAUUCCUGGCAUUCCGAAAAUCCCUGAUGGUUACAACCCGGCAACAUGGAUGCUCGAAAUAAGUACCCCUCAAGUUGAGACUCGCCUGAAUAUCGAUUUCGCUGAAGUAUACGCCCAUUCUGCUCUGUACCAGAGAAAUCAGGAACUUAUUAAGGAGUUGAGCAUUCCUGCACCAGGUUCCAAGGAUCUAUCAUUUCCUACCAAAUAUUCCCAGAGUUUCACUACUCAGUGCAUGGCCAAUUUUUGGAAGCAGUAUUGGUCUUACUGGAGGAACCCACAAUACAAUGCUAUCCGCUUCUUCAUGACAACAAUAAUCGGUCUUAUCUUUGGCACAAUAUUUUGGAAUAAGGCAAAAAAGACAAGCUCAGAACAAGACCUAACCAAUCUUCUGGGUGCAAUUUAUGCUGCUGUUUUAUUCCUCGGAGCCUCCAAUUCUAUCACAGUGCAGCCAGUCGUAGGCAUUGAGAGGACGGUCUUCUACCGUGAAAAGGCAGCCGGAAUGUACUCUCCCUUGUCUUAUGCGUUUGCUCAAGUCAGCAUCGAGAUUAUCUACAACUUUGUACAGACAAUUAUCUACGUUUUGCUCAUUUACUCAAUGAUCGGCUUUACGUGGCACGCAGACAAGUUCUUCUAUUUCUUCUACUUCCUUUUCAUGUGCUUUAACUACUUCACAAUGUACGGCAUGAUGGUGGUAGCAGCCACUCCUAGCCAUCACAUUUCCGGCAUUGUAUCGUCCUUCCUCUUAAGCUUCUGGAACUUGUUCUCAGGAUUUGUUAUACCAAGACCCUUGAUUCCAGUAUGGUGGAGGUGGUACUACUGGGGAGACCCUAUCGCUUGGACUAUAUAUGGGGUGAUAACAUCCCAGCUAGGUGACAAAGAGAACAAUGUCUCAAUUCCUGGGUCGACGAGUUUAACAGUGAAAGAGUACUUGAGAAAGAACCAAGGGUAUAAGCAUGACUUCCUCGGCUAUGUGGUUCUCGCUCACCUCGGAUUUGUCCUCACCUUCUUCUUCAUCUUUGGAUAUUCUAUCAAGUUUCUCAACUUCCAAAAGAGAUAGGCCAACUAAAAUGGAAGAUAUUUUACGACAGUUCAGAAACACAAGUUAGUGUGAUGUGAGGACUAACAUUGACUAUAUGGCUCCCCAAGUUGAUGGUUGAAGCGGAUUAUGCCUUGCUAUGCUUUUCUUGGUCUCUCUGUCAGUUAAUAUUCCCUUUUAAGUAAAUAUAUAUCAAGGGCAGCUACUUUUUGCUUCUCGCGUACAAGAUAGAUUCAUAUAUAGAGUACCCAUGGUACUAAUGCAUACGUGUUAUUGAUUGUAACUGGAAAAAUAAAAUCUUGUUUAUUUA